CAAGUACUCGUAGUUCUAAAAACCUUUAAAAACCCAAAAAAAAGAUGAAAUUCGUUUCUCUAUUCCUCCUUGCCAUCCUCGCCAUCGGAGCUCUUUCCGACACUGUCACCACCACCAAAAUGAAGAUGGAAAUGAAGCCAGUGGCUAUGCCAGCUCAGCAUCAAACCGAGAUGCAUUCUGAAAUGGACUCUGAAGCUCCACACACCCGUAACCGUCGUUGGGGAUACUAUGGAGGAUACGGUGGAUACGGUAGAAUGGGAUACGGUGGAUAUGGAAUGAGAGGAUACGGUUAUGGAUACCCAAUGUGGGGAUAAACAGUGACAAGGGACCAAUAUACUUUUUCACAUAGAAAUGUGUGUUUUUUGUAUGACUUUAAUUGUAUAAUUAUGUAAAAAUUGAAUAUAAAUAUUGUAUCUUCCUGAA